AUGAGGUCCCUCUUCACUCUGGCCACCUUCGUGGCCGCGGCGCAGGCCCUGUACUUCUACAUCGACGGCGGCACGCCCAAGUGCUUCUACGAAGAGCUCCCCAAGGACACUCUGGUCGUGGGCCACUACUCGGCCGAGGAGUGGGACGACCGGGCCAACAUGUGGCAGGAACACCAGGGCAUCAGCAUCUACAUCACCGUCGACGAAAUCUUUGACAACAACCACCGCGUCGUCUCCCAGCGAGGCACCUCCUCCGGCCGCUUCACCUUCUCCGCCGCCGACGCGGGCGACCACAAGAUCUGCUUCACGCCCUCGUCCAGCAGCGGCCGCCCCGGCUGGCUCUCCACCGCCAACCACAACGGCGGCAUCCGCCUGCGCCUCGACAUGGUCAUUGGCGAGACGAACCAGAUUGAGAGCGACGACAAGGACAAGCUGCAGGACAUUACCUCGCGCGUCAGGGACCUCAACGCCCGGCUCAACGACAUUCGCAGGGAGCAGGUUUUCCAGAGAGAGCGAGAAGCCGAGUUCAGAGACCAGUCCGAAUCGACAAACGCCCGCGUCGUCCGCUGGAUCAUCAUCCAGCUCGUCGUCCUCGGCGCCACCUGCGCCUGGCAGCUCUCUCACCUGCGAUCAUUCUUCAUCAAGCAGAAGCUUACCUAA